GAGAUGAGAAAGAAGGACCGACGAACGACAAGUCGACAACAUGGCAAUUUGUUAAGAGCAGACGAAAAUUUAAUUGUCAAAAUAGUCUUAUUUUUGUACUGUAAUGUAAAUACGUUAUUUCACGGACAAGUCUUCCUGGAGUAAACUGUGAGAAUAGAAAUUGGCUAAUUGGCUAUUACCUGGUAGGCCUAAUUACCCACGGCGGAAUUUUUGACGCAUUAAUGAAGUUGAAUUGAGCACUAGCUUUUUGGUAACUUGCAAGUAUUAACAAGAACCUUAAACAACCUCUGUAGUUCUGCUCUUAGUUUAACUGUAAAGGAUACAUGGCUUAUCAAGGUGCUGGUCAUAGUGGAAAUGAAGAAAGCCCUUCCAAAGAAGAUGCUUCUUCUGACGGGCCACCCAGAAAAAAAGGAAGAAAGCACAGAGAAAAAGUUUCUUGGGUGUGGCAAUAUUUUAUAGAAGAAGGAAAUUUUGCUAUCUGUCAAUUCUGUGAAGCCUCUUUAUCAACAGCCAGCACUACAACUUUGAAAUAUCACUUGAAUCAUCUACACAAAGACUUGAUAGCUGAAGGAGAACCAAAUUUGAAUCAACCAAAACCUAGAAUUCAGGUUGUAUCAAUUCCUAGCAAGUCACCUUUGAAGAAUUCAGUAAAUGUAACCAAGAAUCCACCUUUACCUAAACAUUUUCUCAAAGAAACCACAGCCCUGAUUUCCAAAAUGCUGGGUAAACCUUCAUCAAAUAUCCGUGUAGUCCAAUUGAUACAAGAUGACGAAGCUGGCAAUAUCGAAAACCGUCGGAAAAAACAUAGCCCUUCAUCAAAAGACUAUAGCAGUGCCGUAUCGUCCAACAGGAAUAAAACAAAGAAGCAUAGAGAAAAGGUUUCAUGGGUAUGGCAACAUUUUCGCAAAGAAGGAAACAUGGCUACUUGUGAAUUUUGCCAAGCCUCAUUGUCAGCAGCCAGCACCACUACCCUGAAGUAUCAUUUGAACCAUCUUCACAAGGACUUGCUAACAAAUGAAACAUCAUCAAACAUGGAUUCAACGAAUCCAGCAUCUCAAACUGAAAUCAUCGAAAUUGAGCCGGAAAUAAUUAUGGUUCCAGAAAUCGCAAAGAUGCCGCAUUUGAAAAUUACCACAAACAUUUCAAAGAGCUCGGUUCCAAGUGAUUUUUUAGACGAAACCUCCGCGCUACUUUCAAAAAUGCUGGACAAACCCGAAAAUUGCUCUAUAGUGACAGUUGUUCCAGAGCGAUUGAUGCUCUGGGGAGGAGAAAAAGGACCGUGUGCUAUCGCCCGUCUAAGAGGUGUUGGAAAACUAGGGGAUAGUGAUAACGCUAAUUUAAAGGUGCAGUUGGGUGAACACAUUGAAAAAUUCUUGGGUGUACCUCCCAGUCGAAUGUUGAUUCAUAAUGACAUAAACACUGCUUAUUUUUGAUA